GGAAACGUCAACGGUCCUUCCUUUUAUCUCUCCUCUUUUUGGCGUCUCACGUGUUACUGUAAGUUUUCAAAGAUUUACUACUUUAAGUCAAUUAAAAGACAAACUUCGACGACAUAGAUUUAUCCUAAAUAUAUUUCACAUGAUUUUAUAUUAAAAUCUUUGGUUAAAAAUUAAUUUUAUGUUAAAAAAUUGAACUCUUUCGGUUCCGUAGUCGCCACGCCGCCAUGUUUUACAGACACGAGAAGCAUGUGUUUAUAAAGUCAACUAAACUAAACUAUAAUAUCCUUAUCGAUAUUAAAACAUAAAUACUAACAAAAGUACGCAGACUUUCUAAAAUAAAUCACUCAGCCGAAUUAUAUAAAAGUAUAUAUUUUUGUGCUCGUUGUACUUAUUAUUUUAAUGUUAUAGGUUGAUUGCCGAUUGCAAAUAUUCAACAAGAUGUCCGGAGGUUUAGAUGUUCUAAAUUUAAAAGAAGAUGACGUAACCAAGUUCUUGGCUAGUGGAGCUCAUCUUGGUACCACCAAUGUAGACUUCCAAAUGGAACAAUACAUUUACAAGCGAAAAACCGAUCUUGUAUACAUUAUCAAUUUGCGCAAAACUUGGGAAAAGCUUCUCUUGGCUGCCCGUGCCAUCGCUGCAAUUGAAAACCCAGCUGAUGUAACUGUUAUCUCAGCCAGACCCUAUGGACAACGUGCCGUCUUGAAAUUCGCUGCCUACACUGGAGCUACCGCCAUUGCUGGCAGAUUCACUCCUGGAGCCUUUACCAAUCAGAUCCAGGCUGCUUUCAGAGAACCAAGAUUGCUCGUUGUUACUGAUCCCAGAACUGACCACCAACCCGUAACUGAAGCUAGCUACGUCAACAUCCCAGUUAUUGCUUUCUGCAAUACUGAUUCUCCAAUCAGACAUGUUGACAUCGCUAUCCCAUGCAACAACAAAAGUCAGUACUCUACUGGUCUUAUGUGGUGGAUGUUGGCAAGAGAAGUUCUUCGUCUCCGUGGCUCUAUCUCUAGAGAACAACCAUGGGAUGUUAUGGUCGAUCUUUUCUUCUACAGAGAUCCAGCUGAAGAUGAAAAGGACGAACAGGCCGCUUUGCCCGACAAGACUACUGGAAAGGAUGAGGCUCAACCUGACUGGAACCCAGAACCAAUCGAAACCACCCAAGUACAAGAUUGGUCGCAAGAUGUGCCACCAGUUCCACUUAAGACCGCUAACCCAGUAGGAUAUGCUGCAACAACUGAAGAUUGGGGUGCUGCCGCCAAUGAUGACUGGUCUGUCCCACAAGGACAAACCACCACCAACUGGGCCGGUACUGGUACCUUCUAA